AUGGCUGCGCAUGUUUCCUUGUGCGCCUUUCUUGCAGUUGGGCCACAGCAGCAGCUGCAGCCGAGCUUACACAUUCCACCGCAAGCAAAGCAAGGCAAAGUGGUCGUCGUCGGUGUGGAGCCGACGUAUCUGGGAUUGGGCAAAACGGGGCUACCGGUGUGGAUGCUGGUGGGCUUUGGGGCGGAGCGGUUGGGAGCCGACAUGAACCGUCUGCUGGCUCUCCUCUUCCACCAGGGCGUCCUCGACGAGCAGUUCCUCCAGCUCCAGCAGCUCCAGGACGAGACUUCCCCUAACUUCGUCUCCGAGGUCGUCACCAUCUUCUUCCACGAGUCCGAGAAGCUCCUCACCUCCCUCCGCUCCCUGCUCAUGAUGGUGGAGGGAGAUGAUGAUCAAGAUCACGAGGGCGGGCUGGAGUACGGGAAGAUCGGGGUGCAUUUGAAUCAGUUCAUGGGGAGCAGCUCCAGCAUUGGUGCCAAAAGGGUUCGCAAUGUUUGCUUGGCUUUCCGGGCCGCUUCUGACCAUCACAACCGUCACGGAUGCUUGAGAGCAUUGGAGCAGCUUGAGCACGAGUACUGCUACCUGAAGAACAAGUUGCAUGAAUUCUUCCAAUUAGAGCAGCAGAAGGUACUGGCAGCGGGAGUGAGAUACCCGAUGAACCACUACAACAACAACAACAACAUCAACAGCUAAGCUAGCUAAUUGACUAAUCAACAAAUGGAGCAUAGCUGAAGAAGUCUUGGCUAGAUAGCUAGUUAGGGGCUAGGCGUGCAUGAUCGCUUGAUUUUUGUGCAUCAUAUUAUUAGUAUAUUAGUUAUGAAUCCUGCUUAUUGCUUUCACCGCAAAUGUUGUUAUUGCUAGCUUCUCUUUUUCUUCCUUUGGGC